AUGGCUGCCACCGCAAUCGUACCACUCACCUUGAAUCAAACCCAAUCGACCCGUAAGCCAAUUUCAUGGAGUAAUCUGGUGGUUGGGGCCUCGAUGAACAUUUUCCAAGUCACUUCCUUGGGUCAACCAAUGGAAGUCGUAAAAACACAUGUCGCGGCAAACAGGAAAGAUAACCUACGUACGGCUAUCAGCAAGACAUGGGCUCGUGGAGGGGUUCGGGCGUUCUACCAAGGGCUCAUUCCCUGGGCCUGGAUCGAAUGUUCGACAAAGGGAUCCAUUCUUUUCCUAGCCUCAAACGAAGUCGAGUACUAUUCCAAGACCGUAUUCGGAGCAUCCCCGGCGAUAGCCGGUGCAUUAGGUGGCGUCGCUGGCGGUGCAGCUCAGUCCUAUCUGACAAUGGGCAUGACAACUUGCAUGAAGACCGUGGAGGUCACAAGGCCAAAGAAUGUUCAACCUGGUGUCCGCGUCCCUGGUACAAUGGAGAUCUUUCUUGACAUCUUACGCAAGGAAGGCAUCCGUGGUGUUAAUCGAGGUGUCAAUGCUGUCGCUUUACGACAAAUUAGUGGAUGGGCAUCUCGAAUUGGUAUCGCAAGAUUUGCUGAAGACCAAAUACGAAGCUUGCAAUCAAAACCUGCAGACGCAAAGCUUAGCUUCUGGGAGAAGAUUGCCGCUUCAACUGUAGGAGGAGCGCUGAGCUGUUGGAACCAGCCUUUUGAAGUUCUUCGUGUGGAGAUGCAGUCACUAGUUUCUAAGCAGAGCAUCACAUCAAAGCCAACUAUGACGUCUGCAGCCAAACAUAUCUUGGCCACCUCGGGUCCAUUGGGCUUUUUCAGAGGUGUUGUACCCCGAAUCGGUGUAGCGGCCUGGGCCACAAUCUGCAUGGUGGGUUUUGGUGAUAUUGCCAAGGAGUACAUUAAGGGAUUAAGGUCAUAA